AUGACAGCGGUUGAGGCACAACUAGCUAAUAUUAGCACCCAAAUGACAUCGGUGGUUAAAGCAGUAUCUUCCAUGCAAUUGAACCCACAACCUCAAAUUUUUGCAAUGGUUAAAUGUGGACUGUGUCAAGGGGGGCAUCACACAGAUCAAUGUCAAAUGAUCCAAUCCCAAGAAACGGUUGAAGAUGUGAAUUACAUAGGCAAUAACCGCCAAGGUUUUAGCCAAGGGGGGCAAUUCAAUAACAAUCAUCAGAACUGGAAGCCUCAACAACAAGGGAAUUGGAACCAAGCUGGGUCAAGUAAUAAUGGUGGGAACCAAUGGCGAAACAACUCCCAACCCCCUGGUUUUGAUAAGAAACCUUCACUAGAAGAUCAGAUGGGACAGAUAUUCUCUUUCAUGUCAAAGAGUCAAAAAGAGAAUGAUUUCUUCAAAGAGAAAACAAUUGAGAAGUUUGGACAACUCGAGGCUUCUAUGAGGAAUUUGCAAACACAAAUAGGGCAGCUUGCUACAGCUUCUCAUACAAGAACUCCCGGCAGCAAGGAACAAGGCGAUGAAUCUAAGUUAAAUGGAAGACUUACAACAGGAGAGAAAGACAAAAAGGUCAAUGAGACAGAACCUAAGAAGAGCAAGUCUAGUAUUCCUAAUGACAUUCCACCUCCUCCAUAUCCAUUCAGGAGAAAGAAGCGAGUGCGGCAAGAAAAGAGUUUUGAGUGGAUGAUGAAUGUGAUUAGAAAGGUGAAUGUAGGCAUCUCAUUGGUGGAUCUUUUCACCAAUUUCCUGAGAUUCUCCAAGUUCUUCAAAGACAUGAUGGCGAACAAGGAGAAACUUCAGGAUGAGGGGAUUGUGACAUUGAGCACGAAUUGCUCACAACUGAUAUCUGGAAUCAUGCCGACGAAGAGAAGAGAUCCAGGAGGUUGCAUCAUACCAUGUGAAAUUGGUAACACGAUUUUCACAAAGUGUUUAUUGGACCAAGGUUCAGGAAUCUCACUGAUGGCAUUGAAAACGGCUCGUGCCAUUGGUUUGGAAGAAAGAAUGGAGCCUAUCGACAUCGCUCUACAAUUGGUUGAUCACUCCAUAGUGAAGCCCACUGGAAUUGUUGAGGAAGUCUUGGUUAAAAUUGAUAAGUUCAUCAUUCUCGUUUAUUUUAUUGUGCUUGACAUGCCAGAAGAUAAAGAAGUGCCCAUUUUAUUUGGCAGACCAUUUCUAGCAACGGGAGAUGUAUUUCUUGGAGCAAAGGAUAACUCUGUUACAUUCAGAACUAAUGGUGAGCAACUAACUAUCAAUGCUGAGAAGGCGAUGAAACAUCCUACUGAUGCAAAGGCAUGUUUUCGAGUUGAUGUCUUAGACAGAUGCAUCUUUGAUAAGUCGUGCUAUUCUGCUAGAAUUGAAGGAAGUGUGUUUGAAAAGGGAAGUCUGGAAAGAGACUUUGGCUCCACAUUCAAGAUGAGUAUUGAUGACAUGGAUGGAGAACAAGUCGAUCAAUUGAGCUCAGAGGAACUAGUUGUGAUUGACACAUGUGUUGCAGAUUUGAGACCAUCAAUUGAAGUGCCUCCAAGCUUGAGUUGA